AUGGAGUAUUUGGACGAAAACAAUAAUGGUGACGAACGUGCUAGCGAUGAAGGAUCCAUCCACACCGAAGAUAAUGAUGGCGAAGUGUAUUUAGAGGAAGAGUAUUUGGAGGGAGAGUUUUUGGAGGCAGAGUUUUUGGAGGAGGCGAGCCUGGAAACUGAUCCAGAAAGCGUGAAACUACGAGACUCUUUGCAACAUGAUUUAUUCGCAAUAAAGUUGCACGUAGCGGGAGAUGUUAGGACAUUACUGAAAGCUCCGGUGAACUUCAGCGAGCAGAUUACUAAGGUUCCAGGUGGAGGUGAAAUGUGGCAGGAUACUUACAUGCGAGAUGCUAUUAUACCAAAAGAUAAACUGAUUAUAACGCUAAGAUUUCUGGCUUCUGGUGAUAGCUACAAAAGCUUGGAAUACGCCUAUCGACUUCCGUCAACACAGCAAGAAUGGCUUACGGUGUCGGAUGCAUUCAAUGCCAAAUGGAAAUUUCCCCAUGCUAUUGGUGCCAUCGAUGGAAAGCAUGUUGCCAUAAAAGCUCCUGCCAAAAGUGGAACAGAAUAUUACAACUACAAACAGUUUUUCAGCAUUGUGUUGUUGGCAGUUGCAGAUGCUGACUGCAAUUUUAUGUUUGUUGACAUUGGGUGCAAGGGUCGCAUAUCAGACAGUGGAAUUUUAAGGACCUCUCGUCUUUAUGGUAUGCUUGGAAGAAAGGAAUUAAAUAUCCCAGAGGCGGAACCGUUACAUCAAAAUUCAUCCAUCAGAGUCCCGUAUAUGCUCUUGGGAGACAAAGCAUUUGCGUUAACGGACUACUGUAUGCGACCUUUCGGUGGUGUUACAGAGAGUGGUUCAAUUGAACGUCUUUUUAACGAACGUCAUUCUCUGGCACGAAGGGUUGUUGAAAUGGCAUUUGGGAUACUCACAUAUUUCCGUUGCCAUUAUAGAAAUAUAAACAUGGAUCAUACUUCGAUUGUUCCAAACCCAGUUGUUUCAGUGCUGCAUCUAGCUUCGUAUUCCAGACACGACUUGAUUGUUUUAGUCCGUACAACGCUUUGUUCAAUCGACAUACCAUGUUUUGCUUGCCAGGCUGCUCAAAACACGGUGGUUGCUCCAUGUAUAUCUCCUCUUCCAAAUCUCCUUGUAGAAAAGCAGUUAUCGCAUCCAUCUGAUCCACCAAGAGAUUAUUUCUGGCCGCUAGUGCAAAUAAAUAUCUCAGGGAACUAUGACGAACUACGGGUGAAUAUGUUUCGUUAUAAUCUACCCCCUUUCGCUGAGAAUAUCCCUUUAUCACCAAGCGCGCCUUGUAGCGGUUGACUUUUCCAGCCGCAUCGUGUUUUGUUUUAAACACCCAUUUACAUUUGAUUGCUUUCCUACCUUCUGGAAGAGUUGUCAAUCUCCAUGUGCUGUUGUCAAUCAACGCUUGAUAUUCUUCUUGCAUCGCUACUUUCCAACGUUCUGAAUCGCUACGCGACAUUGCAUCCUGGUGUGUGAUUGGAUCCUCGCUUGAAUUGUUGCUCAUGAUCUUUGAACUGGUAACAUUGCUGAAAAGACCAGAGCCAUGUGGGAUUAUAGAAUCAUUAUACCUCUCUGGGACUUUACGCGUCCGACUGCUUCGCCUCAGGAUUUGCGAUUGAGUUGGUAUAACGAGAGGUUCGCUGUUCACAGCUGCAUCAUUAUCGACCACUGUUUCGUCAAAUUCGUUAGUAGUUCCAUCGGUAUCUUCAGAAGUUUCAUUGUUCGCGUCCGUGAAGUAUUCGCUGUCGCUGUCCUCGUCCUCAUUUUCACUCAAAACUGCCUCCAUUUGUGAUGUAGCGUUCGGUGAAAGAGAAACUGUCUCUUCAUGUUCAAGGAGAAUCAUAUGCCUUCUGCUUGAUUUUUCUUGGAUAGGAACAGCAACACCUUCAUUAAUGAAAUUUACUUCACGACUGACUGUUACUUUCUUCGAUCUGAUGUUGUACAAUCUAUACCCUUUGGUAAACUCAUCGAAACCGGUCAGAAUGCACUCUUCUGAUUUAGCGUCCCACUUCUUGCGAUAUUGCUUCGGAAUAAAUUUCAUCGCUCUAGUACCAAAGAUCCGAAUAUGGGACAAAUUAGGUUUCUUACCAGACCACGCUUCCUGCGGAGUAGCAUUAUGGCCUUUGGUUGGAGAACGAUUCAGAAGGUACACAGCAGCAGCCACAGCUUCCGCCCAAAAACUUUUCGAAAGUUUCGCCAUGUGUAACAUGCACCUUGCACGCUCCACAAUCGACCUAUUCGCUCGUUCCGCCAUGCCAUUUUGUUCCGGAGUAUAUGCGUUGGAUGUUUGAUGAACAAUGCCGUGCUUCUUUAAGUAGUUUGUGAACCCUGUGUUGACAUAUUCUUUUCCAUUGUCUGUUCUGAGUACCUUCAAUUUUCGUCCAGAUUGCCGUUCUACCAUCUUGUGAAAAUCCUGGAAAAUUUUGUUUACCUCAGCUUCCGACUUGGAUUUCAAGAAAUAUGUCCACAUCCGGCGUGAUUUGUCAUCCACAAAUACAAUAUAAUAUCGGCUUCCUCCUAGAGAUUUGACUUCCAUCGGCCCGCAAAUGUCAGAAUGAACCAAAUCGAGUAUUUCAGCCGCCCGCGAUCCUAUCUUGCUAAAAGGAUGACGGCUAUGUUUGCCCAUUGGACAUUCUUUGCAAUCGGCCAUGGUAUCUCCAACAAUAUUCACGCCAGUCACUAUUCCAUUCGCAAGGCUUCGGACACCGUUGAUGUUAAGAUGGCCCAUCCUUUGAUGCCAUAGUUCCAAGCUCCCUGUUGAAGAAACUGUCAACGCGGUUUUCUCACCUUCUUUACGUUCGUCAAGCUUGAACAGAUCGUUGUCAUGGCUACCAGUAGCAAUGAUAUCGCCGUUUCGGUUAACCACUUCGCAUCCUUCAUUGGUGAACGUAACGGAGUAGCCUUUUUUCACAAUUUGAUUUACCGAUAAAAGGUUCACGGAUAGAUUCGGGAUUAGCUGCACGUCAUCAACGGGAAUUUCACCUUUUUGGCACGAAGGCUUCAAAACACAGGAUCCCUUCGCGGUGAUUUGCAUGUUCUCCCCGUUGGCUGCUACCACAGUUCCACUAGAUGUUUUCGCAUACAUCAAAAAAUCGCUAUUGUUCGUCAUGUGGACACUUGCUCCGGAAUCGAAAUACCAUUUUCCGUAUUCCGACGAUCCACACGUAGAAAGCACUACACAGAACGAAUCGUUUCCCUUCGUGCUGUAGCAAUCCUUCGCUAUAUGACCAAAUUUCGAACAUUUUCGACAUUUCGGUCCCUUAGCUGUAUUCGAUUUUUUAGUUUGCUUACCAGCAUUAACGUGCUUCGUCCUUGCCGCAAACGCAGGUUCAACUGAUGUGGGAGGAACCUCUUGUAAAAGUUUCGUUUUAAUGAUGUCCCCAGUGAUGACAAUACCGGAGUUUUCAAGGGCCAUGAUCAUUGGGCGAUACUGUUCUGUUAAUCCAGCCAGUAAUAGAUUUCCGACCCACUCCUCUGAAAUCGGGAAACCAAUUCCAUUCAGUUGAUGCGCCGUUGAUACAAUACGAUUAACAUAAUCCGACAUAGAAUCGCAUGAUUCUAGAUCUGUCUUGAUUAAUUUAUGCAACAAUCCGACUCGUCUUGUGAGGCCAGAGUCUUCGAAAGCCUUUUCUAGUUUGGACCAAACUUCUUUUGCUGUUGUCGCUUCCUUCACAUGAACGUAGUUCACUGGUUCAAGAAGUAAGAUGAUUUUCGCUCGUGCCUUUCGAUCCUUUGCUGUAUCGACGGAUUCGUAGCUUCCAUCGUCGUUUUUCUUCGGCUUUACUGCACACCAGAGAUCUUCAAGUUCCAGGAACGUUUGCACGGCAAACUUCCAUGUUUCCCAAUUUUCUCUCCCGAUGAGUCGUUCUAUGCCAGGAAGACUUGAUGUUGAAAUGCUACUACCUGCAGCGCUUGAGGAUCCAGUGGAGUUCGGGUUCAUCUUGAAACUUCUUCGGAAUAACGGCGAAAAGAUUCUGCUUCAAUCACUGUACGCUUCUGGGUUCUGGGCCCAUAACCUAUUGGAAGUAGUGAAGUCAACCAGCUUGGUGUACGGUUAGAAACA